AUGGGUCCUCGCCGGGACGAGGUAAGGGAGAGUGAUGGAGAGGUCGCUCCCUUCUUGACUUUAUGCGAGGUUCUUGAACGGGGGUUUGAUGGUCAUGCUGCACAGACAAGAAGAACCCGUGAAAGGGCGGGGACCGGUUCCCUCGCGGUUCCUCUGACGGUCAAGUUAGUGAAACUCGAGUGGGGAAGGGGAAGGUCAGGAACCGAUGUGGUUCUUAAAGUGGCAAUGUGCAAGCCCAGAGUAUCUAACUCUCGUUCAUCGAGAAAACGUCCAGUAGCUCUCAUUCAUCGUUCUUCAGCUCUCUUGUUCGAAGUCCAGCAGCUGGACAUUGCUCAACAUUUUAUGGAGAUUGAAAUGGAGAGCUUGAAUUCAGUUGUAGGCAGCAAUGAACAAAUUUACAUACCACAUGUUAUAAAUGCAUCGGACAGUGAUUUUGGAGAAGAUGGAAUGGACGAAGUUAGCUCUAUUCCUUUUGAAUCACCAGGUGGUGGUAUGUAUUGGAAACCUCGGGUUGAAGCUGAAGUUAAACCUUAUCUAAACCAAAGCUUUCGCUCACUAGAGGAUGGUAUAGAGUUUUACCGAGAGUAUGGACGUAAAAGUGGGUUUGAGAUCAGACGGCAUACGGAGAAGAAACAUGAGGACGGUACAGUUCUUCUUAAACACAUUGUUUGCAGUAGAGCUGGCAGCAAUGAAUCAAAGAUGGAUGUUGAUAUUGAUGAGUCUAGUAGCAUUUUGAAAAAGAGAAGGAGAACUGUAUCUAGUAGAUGUGGUUGCAAAGCUAAGGUCGUAUUUAAGUUUGAUGGUUUGAAAGGAUAUAAUGUUCUCUCAUUUGUUGAAGAGCAUUCUCAUUCUUUGGUCUCCGGUAGUGGGAAACAAUUUUUGAAGUCAAAUAGAGUUCUCGGUCUCGCACAUAAGAAACUUGUAUUUGAUGGAGCAAAAGCCAACAUGGGGCCUAACAAAACAUAUAACUUUGCUAAAGAGUUGUGUGGAAGUUAUUCUAAUGUUGGUGCUACCUGUACCGAGUUUAAAAAUUGGAGUAGGGAUGUGAAGCUUUAUAUUGGUGAUCGAGAUGCUCAAAUGAUCAUCGAGAAGUUCACGGCUAAGAAGGAGAUGAGUGAUGGAUUUUUCUAUGAUUAUGCAGUCGAUGAAGGUGGUCGAUUAACUCGCAUUUUUUGGGCAGAUGUUAUUGGUCGAAGAAAUUACGAUGUAUUUGGAGAUGUGAUAUCAUUUGACUCUACAUAUUCCACAAACAAGUACAACAUGAAGUUUGUUCCAUUUACUGGUCUCGACAAUUAUAAGAAGUGUGUUGUAUUUGCAGCAGGAUUGAUAGCUAAAGAGGACAUUGAUAACUAUGUCUGGAUUUUUGAGGUAUUCAUGAAAUGCAUGAUUCGCGAGCCAAAGUGUAUUGUUACAGAUCAGUGCCCUGCCAUGAAGCAAGCUAUACCAACUGUCUUUACAGAAGCACGUCACCGCUUGUGCAUGUGGCACAUAAUGAAGAAAUUUAACCAAAAGUUGGCAAAAUGCAUUUCGAAGAUGGAUGAUUUCAAGAGGAAGAUCAAUGCACUGAUUUGGAGUAUAGAUAUAGAUCCAGCAACAUUUGAAGUCGGUUGGAAAGAUGUUAUGAAAGAAUAUAAGCUUGAAAGUAAUGAAUGGUUGUGUGAACUGUAUAACAUUCGGGAGUCAUGGAUUCCAGCCUAUUAUGCUGAUGAUCCAAUGGCCGGUUUAUUGCGGACUACAUCAAUAUCAGAGAGUGAGAACAGUUUCUUUGACAAAUUCAACCGUAGAUCUGACACAUUGACAGAAUUUUAUCUCCGAUACGAGAGUGCUAUGGAGAAGCAAAGGCAUACAAACGCAAGAUUAAACUAUGAAGGAACGAAGUCGAUGCCAAGAAUGGACACGCCAUUGUUAUUGGAGAGGGAUGCAGCAGAGUUGUACACUCGAACAAUGUUUUAUGAGGUACAGAAAGAGAUAAUGUCAUCCUGUUAUGAUAUGAGCAUCGACAGUAUAUCAGAAGAAGAUGUUGUGAAGAUUUUUUCCUUAAAGGACAAAAAGAGACAUGGAAAAAUAUUUGAGGUGAAACACACUUAUUUGAACAAUGACGUUCAAUGUACGUGUAGGCUGUUUGAGAAAAUGGGUAUAGUAUGUAAACAUGGUUUUUUUGCACUUAACCAAGCUGAUGUAUCAAAAAUACCAAGACAUCUUGUUGUGAACCGAUGGACAAAAGGUGCUGAAAUGAGGCAUUCAUUGCAGUUCAAGGAAAUAUCAGAACAAUGUUAUGCAAUUGAAGUUACAAAUCGUUUAGAUGGUGAGAGACUUGACUACCUGGAAGGGAAGUUGAAGGAGCUGAAGCACAGUUUGCGUGAAUCUAGUUGGAAAUCUGACACACAGAACAAAAAUGAUGUAAUGGAGUUUUUUGUUGGCUCAAAAAUACCAGCGGAAGUGAUCGUUAAACCUCCCAUUGAAGGUAGAAACAAGGGGUGUGGACGGAGAAUUGUUGGUGAUUAUGAGAAAUCAAUUAGUCAACGGAAGAAGAAGGUGCCAAGGCUUUGCAAUAUGUGCAAAAAAAUCGAUUUCCAUGACGCACGGACAUGCCCAUUAAAGAAAACAAUACAGCAAAGUGAUGUUUAA